UCUGCUUCACAUGUCCACCAGAGCAGAUGGGAAGCCCGAAUACCUGAGGCGUCCAUCAGUCAGUGAACGCAGCACAGAGUGCCUGAAGUUUCCGACACUGAAAGAUGUUGAUGUCAGAGCGCAGGCCGCCCGAUGACUGCAGACAGCAUCCUCCAGCGCUCAGGUCAGAGCCAAAGCAAAGCAAACCAAACCAAACCAAACCAAACCACAGGCAAAACUUUACAUACCUGUGGUACAGAAUCAGUUUCGGGGGGAAUUACAGUUUAAAACCUCUGCAAAAACACCAGCAGUUGGAUCUCGAGAGUUGUCGGAAUGAUUUCCUCAACUUUACUCCUGACGACGCUGUGCGUUUUUGCGCGGUUGGACACUUCGGACACUUUUACGCACGGCUGCCAGUUGCCCUCCGAGUGGCGGCCGCUCAGCGAGGGCUGCCGGGCGGAGCUGGCGGAGAUCAUCGUGUACGCUCGGGUCCUGGCGAUCCACCGGGAGCCGCCGGGCUUCGGAGCCGCCAACGCGCACAACUCGCUGCCCUUCGACUACGGCUACCUGAGCGCGGAGGAAGGGCUGCUGUACUCGGCGGAGGUGGAGCUGCUGUGCGACCAGGCCUGGGGCAGCAUGCUGGAGGUGCCAUCCGGAUCUCGCCUCAACCUGACCGGGCUGGGUUACCUGUCCUGCCAGUCCCACACUGUCAUGGAAAAUGACUCCUACUUCUUCUUCCUCAGGAUGGAUGAGAACUACAGCAUCCUGCCUCACGGGGUGAACUUCCAGGACGCGGUCUUCCCUGACACGGCGGAGAACAGGCGCACCUUCUCCAGCCUGUUCCAGUUUUCCAACUGCAGUCAAGGGAGCCAACCGUUCCGCACCUUCAGCCCAGAGUGGGACACCCAGGAGGACAGCAGGCUGCUGUGCUCCUCGGUGCAGCUGGCCCUGUUCGAGGAGGAGGAGCGCGGCCGGACGCUGCAGGAGCGCCUGGCCGCCGCCGAGAGGAGGAACCGGCAGCUGAAGGAGCGCGUUGGCAAGGUGAAGCGCUCCUUGAGGAACGCCCGCAAGGCCGCACGCAAGGCAGCGCAGGAGGCCCGGGAGCUGCAGGAGAAACUGAGGGCAGCGGAGAGGCGGGCGGGGCGUCACCUCAAUGCAGUGACGCAGGAGGAGCCGUCACUCGGGGCCUUCACAAGUGCAGCGAUACGGGAGAGGAUGCAGCUUUAAUUUUUUUUUUAUGAUCUUCUAAAUGGAGACGGAGAGACUGCUGGACAGUCUUUCAGGGACAAAUACCUUUUAUGAAUGAAUACUCCAAAUAUUACAGUAUUCAUCCAUAUCGUUUUCUUGUAAACAAACUUCAAACUUCACGACUCAAUGCAAUCUGUGAUCAUAGAGGCUGUGCUUCCUGAUGAUGCCAAAUAGAAAUUAUUAUCUUGAUUGAAUCUGUGAUCAUGACUCACAAAUAUAAAGAAAAAAAAUGCUUCUCUUCA